AUGGCGGGGGUAGAUCAGAAUGGGACGCCAAAGGAUGGCCUGAGUAUAUCAAAAUUUCGUUGGAGGACGAUCGAAACUUCGCCGGAGGAUGACCGAAACUUCACCGGUGGAUGGCCGGAGCACAUCGAAACUUCGAACUACUUUAGGUGCAUUCAUAGGUUUGAUCAAGGGUGCCAAGCAACCAAGCAGGUGCAAAUAACUGAAGAUGAACUAGCUAUGUAUCAUGCCAUAUACCGUGGUGUUCACACAUGCCACAAUCUGCUCAAAGCUCCUCAAAUCAUCUUGGAUUCUACUAUUACUAAGAGUUGUGAGAAAAAGAUCUUGUUGGUUGACAAACUCAAUGACCCAUUUACUCCAUUCCUCCUCGCCUGUUUGAUCGAACAGGAACAACAACUUAAGGAAGGGACUCCAAGUUUACUCCACAACCACCACCAACCAUCAUCAUGGUCUCAGUAUUUUCUGUCACUUGAUCUGAGGCCAUUCGAAGUGUCUGGGCCUCCCAUAACUACCGUCUCAGCUGGGUCGAUUGUGCAUAGGGAUGUGAUUUCUUUCGCGGUACAUUCAAGUACAGCGAACACCCACGGUUCUUUUGAGAUGGAUAUGAUGGUGGGAUCUGUUGAUUUUGAUGAUGUAUUAACAGAAUAG